AAUCACUGAUUUGCCUUCCACCUUUUGAAUCUUUCAUCGGAAAAACAAUUUCAUCUCUGCCAACUCCAUGUCUGGUGAUUGAUCAAGUUGUUUAUUAUGAAAAUUUAAAGAAUUUGAAAGAGUAUGUUGAUGGAAAAGUAGCAAUACGACCACACUUUAAAGCACACAAGACUCCAGCAAUAGCUUCCGAUCAAAUUUUAAUUGGAGGAGGAUGUGGAGUUUGCUGUCAGAAAGUGAGUGAAGCAGUAGAGGCCAUCUCCACAGUGGAUGAUGUUUUAAUUUCGAAUCAAGUUGUGAGUGUGGAGAAAUUAAAGUUGAUCAUUAGGAUGAAUAAUUUGCAAAACAAGACAGUUUCACUUUGCGUUGAUAAUUGUGGGGUGAUUGAAUUGUUGGAUAAAUUGAUGGAUGGUGAAUCAAAGAAAUUAAAUCUUGUUGUGGAAUAUAAUGUGGGACAGAAUAGGUGUGGAGUUGAGAGUCAGGAUCAAGUAUUGGACCUUGUCAAAAUUAUUAAUGAGAGUAGACAUUUGAAUUUUAAAGGCAUUCAAUGCUAUAAUGGCUCUAAUCAACACAUCAAGUCAUAUGAAGAAAGAAAGUUGGCAACUCAAAAAGUUGUGGAAAAGACAAGGAGUUUGGUUGACUUUUUGGAAGAGAAGGGAAUUAAAGUUGAGUAUGUAACUGGUGGAGGUACUGGCACUUUUGAAUUUGAAAUGAAUUCUGGAGUUUUCACAGAAAUUCAACCAGGUUCAUGGCUAUUUGGUGAUGCUGAUUAUGGAUCUAUCAUGACCAAAAACAACAAACCAGUCUUGGAAGAUGAUUCACACUUUUACUCACAGUCAUUGUACAUUCUCUCCACUGUUGUGAGCAAGACAGAAGGUAAAAGGGUAGUAUUGGAUGCAGGACUCAAAGCCUCAACUAUUGAUAGUGGCAAUCCAAUUCUGAAAGAACCUCAAAUGAGAGUACUCAAAUAUAAUUUUGGUGGUGAUGAACAUGGCAUUCUUUCUGUGAAUGAGAAUGAAAAAUCCAAGGACUUGAUUGAUCAAAUUAAUGUUGGAGAUCAAAUUCAAUUAAUCCCAGGACAUGUGGAUCCAACUUUUAAUAUGUACGAUUCAAUAAUAUUCUAUAACAGUAGAGAAAAUAAUUUAGUGACACGAGUUGAAAAAAUCAAAGCACGUGGACCAG